CAAAAAUAUUUUAUUUCCUAAGACCCUCGCAAACCCCUCCUCCUCCGUCGACGGCUCCGUCCAAAACCGAAACAGUGUGAUUUCCAUUAACCGGGAAAAGUUGUUCCCUUUUUCUCUUCUGAAUUCGUCAAUGGCGGCUUUACUUCUUCUCAAUCGUGUUUCGCGAACUACUAGCUCAAUCUCUCUCCACCGGGUCGCAGGAGCUCUGGGUUUCAAUUCUCUCAAUGCUCAAAUUCACGGUGGCAGAAUCUCUGGAACACUCUUUCGAGUGAGAUCAUUAGCUACUCUUGCUGAAGGAGCUUCUCGUUUUGAUGAGAUGGUAUCUGUGAAUCAGCGGAAGUUUUAUCUUCUGGGUGGUAAAGGAGGUGUCGGGAAAACAAGCUGUGCUGCUUCUCUUGCGGUUAAGUUUGCUAGCCACGGUCAUCCUACCAUUGUGGUUUCAACUGACCCUGCUCACUCCUUGAGCGAUUCUUUUUCCCAGGACUUGUCAGGAGGAGUCCUAAAGCCUGUUCAAGGUGUUGAUUCUCCACUUCUUGCUCUUGAGAUAACACCUGAGAUAAUGAAGGACGAAAUUAAACGUCAGACGGGCGAUAAAAGUGUUAAAAAUAUGAUGGAUAGCAUGGGGCUCGGAAUGUUUGCAGGCGAGUUAGGGGACUUAAAUCUUGAAGAUAUGCUCAACGCUGCCUCGCCUGGUAUUGACGAAAUAGCAGCUAUUUCCAAGGUUCUUCAAUUUAUGGAGGCACCAGAAUACAGUAGGUUCACACGUAUAGUUUUUGACACUGCUCCCACGGGACAUACUCUGCGGCUUCUUUCCCUCCCAGACUUCUAUGAUUCAUCCAUUAGCAAAAUAACUAAGCUCAAGAAGAAGAUCACUGCAGCAGCUUCAGCCUUUAAGUCGGUCUUUGGCAAAAAAGAGAUACAACAAAAAGAACUUCCUAACGAGUUAGACCAACUGAAAGAGAGAAUGGAGAAAGUUCGAAAUGUUUUCCGUGAUGCGAACACUACCGAGUUUGUUAUUGUAACCAUCCCAACGGUUAUGGCAAUAAACGAGUCUUCAAGGUUACAUGCAUCUUUAAGAAAAGAAAAUGUGCCAGUCCACAGGCUUAUUGUUAAUCAACUUCUACCUCAAUCUGAAUCCGAUUGCAAAUUUUGCUCCAUGAGACGAAAGGAACAAACGCGAGUUCUUGGACUUAUUCAGAACGAUACAGAACUUUCUGGGUUAAAAUUGAUCCAAUCCCCAUUGCUAGACGCAGAAAUAAGAGGGGUUCCCGCACUUAAGUUCAUGGGUGAUCUCAUUUGGAAAUAAGAAAAAUAAUUUUUUUCAACUUUCGUUUCCAGUGCAUAACAAUAAGUUAAAUUCUUCUGCUGUCCUAAGAUCUGAAAAUCUUGCUGAUGAAAGGAAAACAAAUUAACAAUGUUAUUAAUUUUAAGCCAAGAAAGUAAUGGAAGUUCUUGAAGGUUUUAUCA